AUCAAUUUUUGGCCAAUAUAUUAAACCGCGUUCAAUUUUUCAAUUUAUUAUCGGUCAGCGAGUAAUCGUGGUUAAGUUUGUGCAAAAUGGCUUUCUUGGGCAAGGAGUACGUUUUCGAAAAAGACGAAAAUUUUGAGAAUUUUCUUAGAGCGGUUGGUGUCAAAGAAGAAGAUGUGGCUAAAUAUGCCCAAUACAGGCCUUCCACGAAACUGGAGAAAAAUGGCGACACAUACACGUACACUUUCGCAGCUCCGGGCAGAACCAGGGCGGUUCAGUUCAAGUCUGGUGUGGAAUUGGACGAAGAACUGAGAGAAGGAUCUACAGUUAAAUCUACGUACACCGUUGAUGGCAACGUAGUGACACAGGUCGUCAAGCGCGAUGGUAAAACAGCCACCUUCAAAAGAGAAUAUAAUGGUGACAAACUUAUAGUUACUGCCACUGCUGGCCAUUGGGAUGGCGUCGCUAAAAGAUACUACAAAUUGUAAAUUAGUCUAAUGAAUAAAUAUUUAUUAUUUAAAUAAAAA